CCGUAGCACACUGGUUUCAAGAUGGUAUUCAAGCUAAUACAUCCCGCCCCGCUCACGGAGCAAAAGCGGUCCCGCGACGGCUGCAUCUACUUGUACCGGGCCAUGAAGUUGAUUGGAUGGCUGCCUCCGAAAGAGGGCGUGUUCCGAUAUUUGUACCUCACGUGGACGCUGAUGACGUUCGUGUGGUCCACCACGUAUCUGCCACUGGGCUUUCUUGGUAGCUACAUGACGCAAAUCAAGUCAUUCUCCCCAGGCGAGUUUCUUACCUCGCUCCAGGUGUGUAUCAAUGCCUACGGCUCCUCGGUGAAGGUGGCCAUCACCUACUCGAUGCUUUGGCGCCUGAUCAAGGCCAAGGGUCUGUUGGAUCAGCUGGACCUGCGCUGCACCACCAUGGAGGAGCGGGAGAAGAUCCAUCGAGUGGUGGCGCGCAGCAACCAUGCCUUCCUCAUCUUCACCUUCGUCUACUGCGGUUAUGCCGGCUCCACCUACCUUAGCUCGGUGCUAAGCGGCCGGCCGCCUUGGCAGCUGUACAACCCAUUCAUCGACUGGCAUGAUGGCACGCUUAAGCUCUGGGUGGCCUCCACCCUUGAGUAUGUGGUGAUGUCAGGCGCCGUGCUACAGGAUCAGCUUUCUGACACAUAUCCGCUUAUUUACACCCUUAUUCUUCGCGCCCACUUGGACAUGCUGAGAGAGCGUAUCCGACGACUUCGAUCCGACGAGACUUUGAGCGAGGACGAGAGUUACGAGGAGCUAGUUAAAUGUGUCAUGGACCACAAGAUGAUUAUGAGAUAUUGCUCGAUCAUUAAGCCAGUUAUUUCGGGAACCAUCUUCACUCAGUUUCUGCUGAUCGGCCUAGUUCUGGGCCUAACGCUGAUCAACGUGUUUUUUUUCUCGGAUAUCUGGACGGGCAUCGCAUCCUUUAUGUUCGUCAUAACUAUUUUGCUGCAGACCUUUCCGUUCUGCUAUACCUGCAACCUCAUUAUGGAGGACUGCGAGUCUCUGACCCACGCCAUAUUCCAGUCCAAUUGGGUGGAUGCCAGUCGCCGCUACAAGACAACCCUCCUAUAUUUCCUUCAAAAUGUUCAGCAGCCCAUCGUUUUCAUUGCCGGCGGCAUCUUUCAGAUAUCCAUGAGCAGCAACAUAAGUGUAGCAAAGUUUGCUUUUUCUGUAAUAACGAUUACUAAGCAAAUGAACAUUGCCGACAAAUUUAAAUCGGACUAAGGUUUGGAUGCUUUAUAAGAUUGAUAAAAACAAAUCUUGCAAUACAAGCGUAUAAAUCGAAAAAAAA